AUGAAGCUCGUCAAUCUCGUCGCUCUGCUUGCCAGCACCUCUGCCAUUGCAGUAGCUCACCCAGCUACCCAAGACAACACUUUCGUCGAUCAAGCACCUGUAAAUGACGGCAUCCUUGGCCGUGCGCUCUUCAAUCUUUAUGAGCGCUUGGUCAACAAGCUUCCGGCGAUACUCCCUGAUACCAUUGACAUCGCUCCCUUGAAUGCCCGUGGAGAAGCAGGCUGCAUCCCCCUGGGUCAUGGAGCAUUCUGCAGCCCCAACCUGCCUCCCAACUAA